GCGUAGAAGGAGAUUGUGAUGAGUAUUCUUGUGUUAUCUUUGGGUGUUGAUCAUGUGGUAACUCGCUCGCCUCAAGAAAUCCCGAUUCGAUGCCUGUUCUCGUGUGAUAAUCUACUGUGUGACAGCCGUUUUAGAUCGGAGUCCCAUUUUCUCCAGAGUAUCGGCCGGCGAGAAUCCGGGCUAGGAGGAAGAUCCGGAGAUGAGCGAGAACCCUAAUCCUCCCGCUGGGGAGUUGUUUGCUGCAGCGGACGCUGGCGGCCACGAGAUGGAGGACGGCCGGUAUGCGCCCGGGGAGAAUGAGAAGGUAGAGAUGGAGGGGCCUUCCGAACCGAGCAAUCAAGGGGACGCUAACGGGGGGACCAUGCCCGGCGCGGAUGCAGGUAGUCAGCUCGUCUUAUCGUUCCAAGGCAACGUCUACGUGGUCGACAACGUUUCUCCUGAAAAGGUUGAAGCUGUGAUGGUUUUGCUUGGGAGGCAGGAAAUGUGCAGAACAAGAAUUGGUUCGUUGACGAGCUUCAGAGAGAAGAAAAAAUCAAGGAAUUUUAAAAAUAAUAUACGUGGCGAAGUUCGCAAAGAGGACGCCCUUAGGAUGCAACGGAAUAAGGGUCGGUUCACAUCAUCUAAGACACAACAUGAAGAUCCCAAUUCUGGUGCCACCACUUCUCAUGCUACUGAAAAUGAUAGUUCAAGGACCAACCAGGAACCAGAAGUAUAUAAAUGUCUUAACUGUGGAAUCAGUGCGACAUCGACACCAGUGAUGCGUCGUGGACCUAAUGGACCUAGAACAUUGUGCAAUGCGUGCGGACUUGCAUGGGUAAAUAAGGGUAUAAUCAGGAAUCCUUCAAAUUUUCUAUCUCCAACCAUGCCAAAUGCUUAAGCCAAAGCAAAAGAAAGGGCAAGCAAGAAUGACCAUCUAAUCGUCCUUAAUAUUUAAACAAGGUUUUGCACACCUGGCCUCACUAAUCUUUGUUCCUAACAAUUUUCCCCCCCUUUUUCUAUCAGUUUAUAUCUUUAUAACCUGUCUCCAGAGCAACUCUGCAGAAGUUGGGGUUGCCUAGAUCCUCAAUACCGGCGACAGAACUUCGACCAAGAAAUUCUAUGUGUUCUUCUUCUUCUUCUUUUUUGAAUCAGUCUCGCUGCUCAGUUUUUUUCACUCGAUAUCUGUGAUAUGAUUUUACAUGUUUGUGAUGUAUCAUCAGGUAGUCAAGUCACUUGUAAGAUACUUCAUGUCCACAAUGUUUAGGGUUGGCAACUAACUGAAGACUAAAGUCUCCUUAGGAUUUAACCAAUCGGGAAGAACAAAAAAAAUGCAUGAGAGGGAUUCUUCAUGUUAUCCACAUCCGUAGAGUGUUUGUCUGUGU